AUGUUCUACUAUACUUGUCACCAACAGUGGUACCAUUGUACGGUAUACAUUAUAGGUGCUUUACUUUUACUGCUUACUCAACGGAUACAAGCGGAAUUCUUCAACGUCCAUAAACCUGACCGAGCGCUUAUUGUGUUAUCAGCACCAUCCAUAUGGUUUGUUAUCAUGACUUUAUCCAGGGAUGACAAUUAUCACGAUUUAUUUGAGACAAUUAUUGCAUUCCAGAUCGAAUUUGCAAAAACAAUACAUGAACAUGAUAAUGUGGUAAUACUUGCUGAUAAGCAUACAUUACCAUAUUUGGAUGGAAGAAGUCCGUCCGUGAAAUCACGUUUACCAUUAGACGCUUUGAUUCAGGCAUCCGUCUAUGAUAUUAACAUCAGAGAUUUUGCACCAUUUGGUGUACGACAACUUGUGAAAUUUUCUUAUAGGCCUCCUAAUUUUGCAACGAUUGCCGCAAGACAAAUCGAUGAAAGUAUUAAGCGAUUCAUUGAGGAUUAUAAAAUACGCGUUGAUAAGAAAGAAUUAGAACUGAUACUUUCCGCACAGCACGUUGUCGAUAACGGUAUCAACAGAGCUAUCAUUGAUAAGAGAGUACUGGAUGAAAAUCAAGGAAAAGUACCAGAAUGGGCUAUUAUGAUUAAGCUCUUCAACGCUUUCAGGAAGGUGACCAUUGUGGAUAAUCCAAUGAAUACGACACAGUUACGACUGGAUGACGUUAUGUCUUUCAUUGAUGAUCAGAUAUUGGUAAUACCAACGUUGGAUAAAGAUAUGAGGGCUUAUUUGGACGCUGAAUUAUUUAAAAAAUUCCGUGAUGAAGUGAUGUUAAUUGAUCUGCCAGCAUAUUUGGAUAAGGACAGAAGAGGAAAUUGUGGCAUGUACACUGCCAUAUUAGCUACUGAUAAAUUUUUAUACGUGCCUGUGUUUGGGAAUGAUCCAGGGAAUUGGAAGAGAGGACAUUCAACAAUGAUGGAUAAAAUUAUCAUACAUAUGAUUGAGGUGAAUACGCGAAAAACCGUGGUACCAGUUAAUGUGCCACGAACGAUUUGUGAACGUGGAAUUUCAUUGCGAUCACUGGCCUGGACAUUACGAGGUAAUGUUGCCGAUCACGUUAUUCAAGUUGCACGUGGAACUCCAGCUAAAAUAUUUGCAUGA